AUGUCUUUCACCCUGUCUAAGAAUUUCCUCGUUAUCGUUACAGCACUCGCCAGUAUGGCAGUGGCAGCUCCGGCCGACUUAUUCGACUUAGCUCCGUAUUAUCCUGCCUCGCAGUACGCGAUAGACGGUUCCUACAUCGUGCGUCUUAAGGAUGGAUGCUCUCUACAGGACCAUCUCAAUUUUGUCCCAGGUCUCCUUGACCUGAUCAUCCUGAAACUCCCUUUCAACCUCGGAUAUAGUGCUGGCCUCUUGGACGUCACUCUCAACCUUGUGAGACAAGACAAGUGCGUUCAGUAUGUUGAGCAGAACUCGGGCGGCGAGUGGCUCGAUCUGGAGGCCCAAGCGGAUACCGAAGCCUAUAACUCGUCAUCAAUCCUAGAAUCUCGCGAUGCCGAUGCUGGUGUAGGGUAUGCCCUCAAGUAUCUCUCUUCGAACGUGAAGAAUCCCGCAGAUGACUCCUACUUUUACCUGGCUAACAGUGGCGCGGGCGUGGAUCUAUACAUCAUGGAUAGUGGUAUCAAUGGGAAGGCCCCAGAGUUCGAAGGCAGAGUUACCGACCUUAUCAACCGAUCUGACGAUCCCAGCUUCAACGACAAACGCAAUCACGGAACGGGAGUUGCGGGUUGUGCUGGCAGCAGAACCUAUGGAGCAGCCAAGAAACCUAACCUACUUAAUGUCAAGAUCAAGACCACGGCGGACGUCGUUAUCGCAGCCUUAGGAGAUGUUGUGAACCGCCACAACAGUCAAAAGUCUGUCUCUGGCUUCAAGGGCUCGAUCAUCAAUAUGUCGUUUCGUACUGGGGCUAGCCAGACAGCAUCUGAAGCGCUGAAACAAGCCUUUGAUGCAGGUAUCGCGAUGGUUGCCGCUGCAGGAAACGACGGCGAGGAUGCCUCAGGCACAUUCCCAUGCAACAGCGGUUACACGACUUGUAUCGGAUCGAGUGGUAGCGACUACAGACUAGCAGCAUCUUCCAACCGUGGUCAAGCGGUCGACUUUGUCGCUUCUGGGGACAACGUCUAUACAGUAGCCAAUGCUGGCAACGCUCCAAUCCGUCAAUCUGGCACCUCCUUUGCUGCGCCCUAUGCAGCCGGCGUACUGGCAGUAUUCUACGGAUACCAGGGCCCCAACUUGUCUCCGAGUGAUGCUGCAGAUCUUCUGUUCUACAACGCAGAUGCCGAUUACAUCGAGAACAUGCCCGCCGAUCAAGCAAACUUCAUGAUCAACUCUGGUUUUCGAAAGGCUACCGGUGGCCAGCCAUAUCGCAUGGGUCUCUAG